AUGGAGUUUAUAGAAUGUUCCAUUUGUCAUGAAGCAUAUUUUAUAUCAGUGAAAGCGUUGGCGAGACACCAGCAAAUGUGUCUUGCUACUAAAGUGUAUUCAAAAAAAUUCAGCAAGGGUAGGAAACAUACUCUAUCUACAUCGUCUUCUGAUGAGGACGUUGCUCAUCCGUCUUCUAGAGGAAAGAAGCUACGGAACAGCAGCCCACCACUUGCUGAGAGAUUCGAGGAGUCUGCAGCUGUGCCUCCAACCUCUCGACUACAAACUCCAGAAACGUCUACAAACGUCCAACUACAUACGACUCGACAGAGCGCCACCACAUCACAGCAGUCUGGAACACCACCUCGAUUAAAAUGGUACAUGAAAAGAGGUCUACUAAGUUGUCGGGAUUUUAUCAUUGACAAUCCCAACGCUUACUACCGUGACACGAAAGCGUUCCUGAGUGUUGCACUUCCGGUUGCUGAGAAACUGCUUCGAGAAGAGUUUAAAACAUCGCCCAGUCUUAAAUACAACAUGGUGGUGUUGUCAGUCUUCAACCAUCAACAUGAAGGAACGCAAGAAGAAUUCAACUUCAAAACAUCUACCAGGACAGUCUACGGCGGCAGCGAUGAUCUCCAAGACAUUCUCGCCCAAGACGGUGCCAAGCUACUCACCGAGGAGUCUGAAUUCGAAGGGAAGGGGUCUGGAUGGACACUGGACCAUCCGUCAACGCUAACGCUUAGAGUAAGUAGGUUUACUUUUAAGAAACCCACUGGGAAAGCAUACACAGUACUGCCAAAACGUAUAACACAAAGGAAAGCCACAAUAAAUGUUCGUAAUACAGACUCUAAAUGUUUUAAAUAUAGUGUACUAGUGAAACACCUCCCGAACGUAGAUGUAAAUUCAGUCUUGACUGAAGAAUCGUUCGUUGACUAUGAGCACGUAUACAACUUUGAGGGAAUGAAAUUUCCUGUGACAGUGUCGUCAAUCGCAAAGUUUGAAUUGAAUAAUCCCAAUACCUCGGUAAAUGUUUUCGAAACAGCUCCAGGCUGUGAUAUAACACCACUACGGGUAGUUGAUGAGAAACAGGACCACAUAGAUUUAUUAUUGUAUCGCGAGUCAGCCGAAAACGCUCACUAUGUUUAUAUAUCUAAUUUUUCCAAACUGAUACGUCCACAAGUGGCUGCCGGACACAAUCAGAUCGUAAUUUGCAAACGGUGUUCGACGCACUGUGAGGUUCGAAAAUGUAAACCGGAUCCAAAGUCAUGGCUCGAAGAGCACCUACGACUUUGUAAAAAAUUUAAACUCGCAAACACUCGCCUACCAAAGGAAGGUGAAAACCUAUUAAAAUACGAGGAGUUUGAACAUCAAAUCCCGGUGCCGGUCAUUGUUAUUGCCGACUUUGAAGCUACUCUUGUACCAAUAUUAGGCUCUGAUCGUUCAUUCGAAUGUCACGAACCCAAUUCCUAUGCUACCUUAGUAAAGUCAACACUACCUGACGAGAAAUUGCACGAAGUAGGAAUCAGUACGGAGCCGCAGGUACACCGUAGUCCCAAUGCUGCUCAGUCGUUUAUGUUUCAUAUGCAACAAAUUGCAGCGAGUGUCGAACAACUUUAUACGCGUUUCGAACCGGUCAAACCACUAACAGCUCAAGAGACGGAGCGCUUCGAAUCAACCAUGGCUUGCGAGCUGUGUGAUCGUGCUUUCAAUGACAGCACCUGUGUCAGGGUCUUAGACCACUGUCAUAUAUCGGGUAACAUGAGACACGUGAUCUGCAGUAAAUGCAAUUUACGUAGCUCUACCAUAAACUACAUCCCGGUGUAUUGUCACAACAUGUCGAAUUACGAUGGUAAUUUUAUCAUAAAAAGCUUAUCAUCAGUCCCAGACUGUGAAGUAAAGGUUAUCCCUUGUACAAACGAUAAGUACAUAUCGAUAUCAGUCCGAGUGGGUCGUAUGUGGCUGCGCUUCCUUGAUUCCUUUAGACUGAUGUCUUUGAGUCUGGCAAAACUGGCCGACACCUUGUCAGAAAAUGAACUCGUAGAAUCGUCGAAACUCGUACCCACUGAACAUUUAAAUCUCAUCCGACGUAAAGGGGUUUAUCCUUAUAGUUAUGUAACGUCAGCAAAAGUAUUUGAUGAAACAAGCUUACCAAACCGUGAUGCAUUUUAUGACAAACUCAAUAACGAACCGUGUUCAGUGGAAGAUUACACAUUUGCGAUGGAAGUUUGGGAAAAAUUAAAAAUGGAAACCUUUGGAGAUUUCCAUGAUUUUUACUUGAAACUUGACGUCUGCCUUCUUGCAGACGUUCUGACAUCAUUUAGGAAAACGUGUUUGGAAGCGUACAAGAUCGACUGUUGUCAUAUGUACACCGCACCUGGACUUGCCUACAAAGCGAUGCUGCGUAUGGCACGUGUAACCCUUGAGUUACUUACCGAUCCUGAUAUGUUACUGAUGAUUGAAAGUGGCAUACGAGGUGGGUUAGUCCAAUGUGUGACCCGCUAUGCCAAAGCAAACAACCCUCAUUUAAUCAAUACUGCUGACUACGAUCCCAAUGAAAAGCAGAGCUGGCUUCUUAUGCUUGAUGCCAUAAACUUAUAUGGCGCAUCCCAAAGCAAAUACCUUCCAACUGGACACUUUCAGUUUGUAGAGUCACCCGAAAACCUAGACUGGUCCAGUGUCCCUUCGGAUAACCCAACCGGAUACAUACUAGAGUGUGAUAUUAAAGUCCCUGAUAAUGUUCACGAUCGUUUGCAGUACCUUCCGCCAUUGCCUGAGCUAGAAGCACCCCCGGGAAGUAAGGACAAAAAGCUGCUUGCGACACUAAAAGAUAAAACGAAAUAUGUAGCUCAUUAUUCUGUGUUUCAACAGGCCGUUAAACUGGGAUUGAUUGUAACAAAGGUCCACAGAGCAAUCUCGUUUUCACAAUCACCCUUUAUGAAAAAGUUUGUAGACUUUAACGCGGAAAUGAGAGCCAAGUCGACAAACGAGUUCUACAAAAGCAUAUUCAAAUUGAUGAAUAAUGCGAACUACGGAAGUUGCUUAAUAACAAGCGUAACCACCGCGACGUCAGAAUUGUAA